GUUUCCAACCGCUGUGAAACUACAAGAAGAAGAAGAAAGAAACCACGACCCAAGCUAAAGACUGCAGCUGUAGCUUAACAAAUAAACUAUGUGUAUUGUUUUUUAUUUACACUUUGACAUGCCAGAAAGUAAUGUUUUAUGAUUUUAUCCCUAAGAGGGGAAUCUGUUGACGACGUGGCGGCUUUUUAGUUCAAUAAAGCACAACAAGCUGCUUCCUGCUAGUCAGUUGCUGAGCGAUAACAAAGAAGCUGCAGCUGCACAGACUCCUGGCAGAGUGGUGCAGAAAGAGUUUUAAUCAGACAGAACAGAUCACAUUAAUCUGGCUGAUAUGACCGGGGUGGCCUCUCCAGAGAAGGUGCCAGGCGCCAAGAAGAAGAGCGAGAGGAAGUGUGCCAUCAAGGAGGAGUACAGACAACUGUCCAGCAUCAUGGGAGUCAUGAACAACCUAAGGAAACAGGGUACUCUCUGUGAUGUGACCCUGGUGGUUCAGGGGAAACACUUCCAUGCCCACAGGGUAGUGUUGGCAGCUGCCAGCCACUUCUUCAGUCUCAUGUUUACCACCAGAAUGAUGGAGUCAACCUCCCACGAGGUGGAGCUCAGGAGUGCUGAGCCAGAGAUCAUUGAGCUUUUGAUAGAAUUUAUCUACACAGCUCGGAUCUCGGUGAACAGCAGUAACGUCCAGUCAUUGCUGGAUGCAGCCAACCAGUACCAGAUUGAGCCUGUGAAGAAGAUGUGUGUGGAGUUCCUCAAAGGGCAAAUUGAUGCAACAAACUGCCUCGGUAUUUCCUCCUUGGCAGACUGUAUGGACUGUCCUGACCUGAAAGCUGCCGCAGACGACUUCUUUGAGCUCCACUUCACUGAAGUCUACAAACUGGAUGAGUUUCUGCAAUUGGACGUUAAACAGCUCACACACCUACUGCACCAGGACACGCUCACUGUCCGUGCUGAGGCCCAGAUUUAUGAUGCAGCAGUACGAUGGCUGAAGUACGAUGUGUGUAACAGACAGCAGUACAUGGUGGAAGUGUUGGGUUGCGUCCGCUUUCCUCUGGUCUCUAAAACCUUCCUCUCAAAGACGGUGCAGGGUGAGCCCCUCAUCCAGGACAACCCACAGUGUCUCAAGAUGGUCAUCAAUGGGAUGCGCUACCACCUGCUGUCCCUGGAGGACCUGGGAGAGAGCAGCCGACCGAGACGCAAGAAGCACGACUACCGCAUCGCUCUGUUUGGAGGCUCGCAGCCUCAGUCCUGCCGCUACUUCAACCCCAAGGAUUCCUCAUGGACAGACAUCCGCUGCCCCUUCGAGAAGCGGCGCGACGCCACAGCUGUGUUCUGGGACAAUGUGGUCUACAUCCUGGGGGGCUCACAGCUUUUUCCCAUCAAGCGCAUGGACUGCUACAACGUCCUGAAGGACAGCUGGUACUCCAAGCUAGGGCCGCCCACGCCUCGUGACAGCCUUGCUGCCUGCGCCUCACAGGGCAAAAUCUACACAUCUGGGGGGUCGGAAGUGGGCAGCUCUGCCCUGGACCUUUUCGAAUGUUACGACACUAGAACCGAGUGCUGGCAGGUGAAAACCAGCAUGCUGUUGGCACGAUGCAGCCACGGCUCAGUGGAGGCCAACGGGCUCAUAUACGUGUGUGGUGGGACAGUCGGUAACAACAUAUCUGGCAGGAUCUUCAAUAACUGCGAGGUUUACGACCCCAGCACUCAAAAAUGGAGGGAGUUGUGUGGGAUGAGAGAGGUCAGGAAGAACCACGGGCUUGUGGCGGUCAACGACAGGAUCUAUGCUGUCGGAGGGCAGGGGGCACUGGGUGGACUGGACUCAGUGGAGUACUACGACAUAGCCAGUAAUGAGUGGCGUGCCGCCUCGCCGAUGCCGUGGCGAGGUAUAACAGUGAAGUGUGCAGCGGUCGGUGACAUCAUCUAUGUGCUGGCAGGGUUUCAAGGUGUAGGGCGGCUCGGACACGUCCUGGAGUACCACAUUGAAACUGACAGGUGGGUGUCUUGCAGCAAGGUGCGAGCAUUUCCCGUCACCAGCUGCCUGAUCUGUGUGGUCGACACCUGUGGAGUCAACGAAGACGAAGACAUGGACCUCAUAGACUCUCAGUCACACCCUGCAGCUGCUGCCUCUACCUCUCCGUCUGCCUCAACUUCAUUGUCCUCAUAGGACAAGAGGAAGAUUCAUUUAUGUUUUAAGUUGUGUCUUUUGAUGACACUUUAUUCCUCCAGUCUACAAUGGAGUUGAUAUUAAUAUGCAAGGCCUGUCAGCUCAUAUUAAUGUGAAUAUUCUUGUAGGGCUGCUCAAAAAGUGAUAUUUCAAUUGUGGACAAUAUUGCCAUUGUGAUUGCGAUAUAAUGAACAAUUGGUAUCAUAGGUAUACUUGCUUUGUUAACUAAGACUUAUUAUCAUUUAAAAAAAUUAAUGUUCAUAAGUUUGAUUUGUAUUUUUAUUAUAGAAAGAUACGUAAUUCAAGCAUCAAAUUCAUGAGUAUAAAGGUAUCUGUGUUAAAGUAACAUUUUAUAAGUUGCUCAUUAAGAUGACAUUAGCUGCCAUACACUUUUUGUUGUCAACAGAUGAUAAAAUGUAAAUGUACUUUUUAGAUUUUAGCUUCAGGUGACUGAAUAAAACUGUCACAUUUAAAAACGUGCAUUAAUUACAGUGACAUUACUUUAAUAUAAGCUCUAAUACAAUAUGCCAAGACUAUGCUUUGGGAAAAGACAUUUUGCUUGAUGGACAUCGUUUCAUUUGAGUCAGCAACAGAAGAUAGGUAAACAUUAGGUUGAAUAAGCGCAACAUGAUUACAUAGGCAGAAGCUCAUAUUAGUCAAUAUUAAGAUGUGUUGUUUUUUGCUUGCAGCAUUCCCUGAGUGUGUUGAAUAAAACACUGGAAUAUCCUCCCUCAUUUGGCCAAAAAACAACUGCUUAAUAUCGAUCAGGUAAUUUUUCUCCUCAUCAAUCGCCAUCGUACUCAUCGUCGCUCAUCAGUAGGGCAAACCUAUUGUUUACCUCCUCUGACCCUCUCCCCACUCCCCUUCCUCCUCUCCCACCUCCCCCUCUGCCUCUCCCUCUCCUUCCCCGGCCUCCACCUCUCCUCCCCCUCCCUCCUGCUGUAGAAGAGGGAUGGGAUUUGGAGUUGCGGCUCCUCACAGCGUCCAGCAGGGAGGAGUAAAGAUGUACUGAAAAGGAACUCCCGGCUAUGAAGGAUUCAGCAGCCUGGCCUCCUUUCAGGAACCUGAGCAGGCCAUGCACCAAAGUACCACUGUACAACCUGUAACACACAGACGGAGAGAGGAAUCUGUUUGCAAUAUGUUUUCCACAUGGUGGUAUUUGCAAACAUUUUUAGAUUUAGCCUAGGUCCAACCUGAUGCAGUUGAGGUGAACCAAAUGUAAAAAAUGUCUUUCUAUUGAAAGCAGU